UUAAUCAGUAUUACAUCCCAUCCAUGGGGUUUAGUAUCUUCUACUUCUCUCACAGUUUCUAACUUUUACACUUUGUUUUACCUGCCUUAUCGGAUAUGAAUCUGUUUCCCCUAAAGAAAAUACAAUGUUUAUCAAACUAACUAUCUUCCAGUCUGAAUUAGUUCAUAUCUGAACAAGUCUUUUCGGGGGGGGGGUCAUAGAUAAAGUGUCGUCCCGGUUUACCAAACGUUAUUGUGGUAUUUGACAGCUUGGGACGGUCCGGUAGGACAGAAACAGCGGUUCGGUUAACGGGAGGAAGCUGGACCGAGAGGAAGAGGAAUCAAAUCCACUUUGUUCCGUUCAAAACCGACUGAGGGAAAAACAACCGUUAGCUAGUUAGCUAACUCCUGGAAAAGUUUUUUUAUGGCGGAUGGGAUGAAAGCACGGCUACAAAGAUUCAAUUUAUUCAAUGUCAAGACAGAGACAAAAGCUGUCCCUGAGAUCAUCAGUAAGCUGCGUCAGGCUGGGAAGAGCUCGGCGCGCAACGAUGACCUCGCGGCUCCUAAACCCGCCGCCUCUUCCUCAGAAGACUGUGCGUCCUCGUCGUCCUCGGCCAGCGCGUUCACGAAGAGGUUCGAGGUCCUGUUCUGCGGAAGAGUGACCGUCGCUCACAAGAAAGCCCCGCCCGCCUUGAUUGACGAGUGCAUCGAGAAAUUCAGCCAAUCCAUAGGCUCCGGGGAGGUCCUAAACCAGAAAGUGGCGGCGGAUUGGUAGACGGGCUGCUGAGAGCUCUGACUUUACCUACGCUAAAAAUGAACGGAGGAAUUGGGGAUGGAGGUUUCGGGGGAGGAGGCUACAGUGGUGGGAGGCCGGUGGUGUUCAAAUCGGACCCCAGUUUCCCCUGCCUCCGGGCCCUGGAUGAGAACGGCCUGUCACCUGAUCUACACACACACACCGCUGGAGUACAGCCCACCAGCCUGCAGGGGAACAGGACCAUGCUGUUCAUGGUGGGUCGGUCUCAGAUCUUCCUGGUCAGUCCAGACACUAAGAAGGUUUCCAUAGAGAAGUGCUUCAGGGAAAUAUCUUUCUGCUCACAGGGUAUACAUCAUGUGGAUCACUUUGGGUUCAUCUGUAGAGAAACAGUAGAAGGAGGGAGCUGUACGUUCGUCUGCUAUGUCUUCCAGUGUACUGAUGAAUCCCUGGUGGAUGAGAUCAUGUUGACUUUAAAGCAGGCGUUCUCUGUGGCCGCCCUGCAGCAGAGUGAGAGGACCAGGAGCCAGCAGUGUGCCAGUUGCCCCAUGCAGCAGCUGAACAGGCUGUGUGAGAGGAUAGAAGGUCUCCACCCGUCCAAAGCCAAGCUGGAGUUUCAGAAACAUCUGGCCACGCUGGACAACCAGGAACAAGCUGAUGUGUUUGAGAACACUGUGAGGGCCAGUCCUAAGAGUGACCAGGAGGAGAAUGAAUUGGUGAUGGGGUCUUUGAGGAGUCUGUAUGAAGAGAAACAGAGGAGUCAUCAACACACAGAUCACGGACCGGUACCAGAGGCUCCAGGCCCAGUAGAGGUCCAGUCCAGUAGCAGACAGAGAUUAGAGCAGUUUAAAACCAGAGCUAAACGCUCCCUCACAGAGUCUCUGGAGGGGAUCUGGAAGGGAAGUAGCAAAGCCAGGACUCAGAGAGAGAACGGAGACGGAAACAUCAGUUCAUCAAACUCCACACUGAACUCUACUGGACAGGACCCCUCCCUAGAAGACCCCCUCCCCUCCUCCAAUCCUUUGCGGUCUCACAACUCUACAGGGGACCUGAAACGUCUGGACAGCUCUCCUCUCUCCGGCUCUCCUUCCUUCUCGUCCCUCUCUCUGUCUUCCGGGGACACGCUGUCCCAGCGACACGGGUUCAGGCGGCGUGCAAGCACCUUCAGCCACUCCCCUUCCUACCACGAUCACUCUCCCUCCUACCCUGACGACACCCCCUCAUAUACACACACACCCCAGGUCCCCAGCGGCUCCACCAAGCCCAAACUGGUCCGGCAUUACUCCGUCAGCACCGACACGCCGCACCAGAGCAAUGACGUAGCAGCCCUGUCCAGUCCGGUAGCUGUGUGUGUGGUAGGAGACAGUCCUCUACGGAGACACUCCUGGAGACAACAGAUCUUCCUACGUGUCGCUACACCCCCAGAAAAACACGGACAGCAAUGGGGUGCCUGUCCCAUAGACGGUAGGGGCGUGUCUGCGUGCAGCGUUGCAGACGUAGACGGACCGCUGGGCGUCGUUCGGAGGAGAGGAAGAAGCGGCCGAGCAGAACUGAGAGAACUGUGGAGGAAGGCCGUCCUGCAGCAGAUACUACUACUGAGGAUGGAGAGAGAAAACAACAAUAUACAGGCGUCGGAGAGUAAGCGCUUACGUCUGGACUAUGAAGAGAUAACUCCAUGUCUGAAGGAGGUCACGCUGGUCUGGGAGAGCAUGCUGGGAACACAGGCCAGGUCGAAGGUCAAGGUCAACACCGACACCGUCCACGCUGCUGUCGGACAGGGAGUUCCCAGGCAGUACAGAGGAGAGGUGUGGAAGUUCCUAUCAGAGCAGUUUCUGUUGAGCCAAUCGGUUCCUGUCAGACCUCCAGCCAAUAACAGGCCUUAUAAAGAACUGCUGAAACAGCUGACCUCGCAACAGCACGCUAUCCUGAUAGACCUGGGUCGUACCUUUCCUACCCAUCCUUAUUUCCAGGCCCAGUUGGGUUCUGGUCAGCUGUCUCUCUAUAACAUCCUGAAGGCCUACUCUCUACUGGACCCGGAGGUGGGAUACUGUCAGGGUCUCAGCUUCAUAGCAGGAGUGUUGUUGUUACACAUGGGAGAGGAGGAGGCCUUCAACAUGCUCAAGUUCCUCAUGUACCAUAUGGGGCUUCGCAAGCAGUACAGACCAGACAUGAUUAUACUGCAGAUUCAGAUGUACCAGCUGUCCCGUCUCCUCCAUGACUACCACAGAGAUCUGUACGUCCAUCUGGAACAACAUGAGAUUGGACCUUCUCUCUACGCCGCUCCCUGGUUCCUCACUGCCUUCGCCUCUCACUUCCCUCUAGGCUUCGUAGCCAGGGUGUUUGACAUGUUGUUUCUCCAGGGGUCGGAGGUGAUCUUCAAGGUGUCCCUAAGUCUUCUGGGUAGUCACAAGCCCUUGAUCCUACAGCACGACAGUCUGGAGUCUAUAGUGGACUUCAUCAAGACGACAUUACCGAACCUGGGACUGGUCCAGAUGGAGAAGACCAUCAACCAGGUGUGUGAGAUGGACCUGUCCAAACAGCUGCAGGCGUACGAGGUGGAGUACCGCGUCUUACAGGACGAGCUGUGUGACACGCCCGCUCACCUCAACCAAUCGCAGCGCACCGCCCAGCUGGAACGCACCAAUCAGAGUCUCCGACAGCAAAACCUCGACCUGCUGGAAGAACUGCAGGUGUCCCAGGCUCGUGUGUGUCGCCUGGACGUGCAGGUGGAGGGGCUGGCCCAAUCAGAGGCUCUGCUGAGAGAACAGGUGUUCCGAUUGGAGGAGGAGAGGAAUGGACUGCGUGACGCUGUCACACACCUACACACACUCCUCACCGCGCCGGGAAUACACACACACACACUCCUCACCGCGCCGGGAAUACACACACACACACUCCUCACCGCGCCGGGAAUACACACACACACAACGCUAGGAGACUUCAACCUGGACACGCACACACACUCCGCUGCCGACGGACAGGCAGACGGACAGGGAGACGGGCAGGGAGACGGGCAGGGAGAUGGGCAGGGAGACGGGCAGGGAGACGGACAGGGAGACGGACAGGGAGACGGACAGGGAGACGGGCAGGGAGACGGGCAGGGAGACGGACAGGGAGACGGACAGGGAGACGGGCAGGGAGACGGGCAGGGAGACGGACAGGCAGACGGACAGAGAGUGGAUGUCCCCGCCAGAGAGGGGCAAAGGCUGGGUAACGUACCCCAGAGAGAGGGGCCCAGACUGGGGCAAGGGACAGCGACGUCCUCCCCUCUACUCCCUCAUCCACUGGCUCUAUCAGAACACUGAUGAGUCUCCCAGAGGGCUCUUCUCCUGGUCUAAACUGUAGAAAUGAGGGAUUUCUCUGAUUCUUCUCUGGGCCUUUUUCUCCACACAGCCGUCCUAUACAGUUGUUAUUGCAGCUGGAUGUGUGUGUCUCUGUGUGUGUGUGUGUGUGUGUGUGUGUGUGGAAAUGUGUUUAUUGCACUGUCCUGGCCAUAGGAAACAUUUUUUAUACACUAUAUAUAUGCAACAACAUCAACAACAACAAAAAAGUGGUCUAAGGCACUGCAUCUCCGUUGCGAAGAGGUGUCACUACAGUCCCUGGUUCGAAUCCAGGCUGUAUCACAUCCGGCUGUGAUUGGGAGUCCCAUAGGGGGGGGCAUGAUUUGGCCGAGCGUCGUCCUGGUUUGGCCGUUAUUGUAAAUAAGAAUGUGUUCUUAACUGACUUGCCUUGUUAAAUAAAGAGUCACAACAACCAAAGAUACUGUCAUGACAACUACAGUACAGCCAAAGCCCUGGACUCCAGCCCCCAUGAUGCCGAGAGAGAGAGAGAGAGAGAGAGAGAGAGAGAGAGAGAGAGAGAGAGAGAGAGAGAGAGAGAGAGAGAGAGAGAGAGAGAGAGAGAGAGAGAG